AUGUAUAAGUAUAGGUACAGUCCCCAGUACAGUCCCACCCAGUACAGUCCCCCCACAGUACAGUCCCCCCAGCACAGUCCCCCCAGGCACAGUCCCCCAGCACAGGCCCCAGGAACAGUCCCCCCAGCACAGUCCCACCCAGCAAAGUCCCCCCAGCACAGUCCCCCACACAGUCCCCCAGCACAGUCCCCCAGCACAGUCCCCCCAGUACAGUCCCCCCAGUACAGUCCCCCCCAGUACAGUCCCCAGUACAGUCCCCCAGUACAGUCCUCCCCCAGCACAGUCCCCCCAGUACAGUCCCCCAAAGACCUACCCCAAGACCUACCUCAAGACUACCUCAAGACCUACCACAAGACCUACCCCAAGACCUACCCCAAGACCUACCCCAAGACCUACCCCAAGACCCACUCCCAAGACCUACCCAAGACCCACCUAAGACUCCCUCCUAAGACCUGCAAGACCUACUCAAGACCUACCCCAAGACCACCCCAAGACCUACCUCAAGACCCUGCCUCAAGACUACCCAAGACCUACCCUCGAGACCACCCCAAGACCCACUCCCCAAGACCUACCUAA